AUGUUAAAUGCCAAUUUCAUUAUGGGACUCAUCAAAUGCUUGCCACGAGAGGACCAAAUAAAUCAGCUUCGAAAAUUGCGAAACGAUGGUGUUACGUUGAUUGACGUAGAGGACUUCCUCGCAAGUCUUUGCGAUAUUUAUCGUAUUGUGCCACGGCUCCAUUGCAUUAAAUUCUUGAUGGAGUUCAAUGAUAUGGUAAAAAAUGUAGAAGUAGACAUUGAAGUUGCAACGAUUGCGUGCGAUGAAGUUCUUUCAUGCAGUCGUUUUCAUAAAAUCUUACGUUUAAUUUUAUCAAUCGGCAACAUCAUGAAUGCUGGUACAAAAAUAGGUGGAGCUGUUGCUUUUGAGCUUCCAGCAUUGACAACUUUGAUUGACACAAAAAGUGCAGACAACAAACGAACGCUAUUUGACUUCAUCGUUGAAACUGCUGUAGAAAAAUACCCAGAUUUGCUCUACUUUGCUGACGAGUUGUGUCAUCUGCAUGAAGCUGUUGAUACAAAAUUUAGCAAUAUCGAAGAAACAAUAAAAAAAAUAGAAGGAUUACUACAUUUUGUCGGAUCUGAAUUAGAAAAGGUCAAGGCAUCUCCAUCCGUACAUGAUACUACAUUUAUAGAUAUUAUGUCAGAUUUUAUCACGCAUCAUAACUUUGACAACAUCGGACAGCUAACGAAAAAUAUGCAUCACAUGCGGGAAAGCUAUAUGAAAGUAGCGAUGUUUUUUGCAUUCGAUAUGAAUAAAUAUAAAAUCUCAGAAUGUUUGAAAGACAUCAUAACGUUUAAGAACACGUUCAAGCAGAAGCUAACUGAAAUUGCAAAAAGUUGCAAAUCAAACCAUAAACUUUCGAUUCAAAAACUACACCCAGAAUCAUCCGGCUGUAAGACGACCAAUGGAACAUGCCGCAGUUUCACAAUUAAACUCACCAGAAUGACAGAAGAAGAAAUCGCAUUUGCGAUUGGCUCAAAAACAUCCCGAAAACGUAAGCACGCCGAUUGA